AUGUUUGACAGUCGCGCCAGCGCUGAAACACAAGCAAGUGGAAAAGAGAGAGAUCAGAAAAGAACCUUCUUGCCGCACCGUCAGCGUCAUUUCUACCACUACCAUUGCUACUACCACUAUCGUGUUUACUACUACCACACCGGCGUCGGCCGUCGUCAGUCCGGUACCACCACUAGUGCUGUGCCACCACUAUACGCCGAGUAUACGGAGGACGACCGCGAUGAGUCGCGCGGCGUAUCCCCUCCAUCCGGAUUUUCUCAUGAGACUCCGGCAUCCAUCAACCUGCUGCUGCCGCCGCCGUCGUACCGUCUCGACUUGUACGAGGACCAUCCGCACGCUACCGGCGCGGCGCGGCAAGGAGAGAACAGUAUUCGCAGGAAUAGCGCGUCGCAAUGGUUUAUCCUAUCUACUCGGAUGGCGCGUGGAGGUCGAAGGACGCCGCGGAUUGGUGGAUCCUGGACAGUAGCCAGGUGCGUUCCUUGUUGCCCGUGACGUCAUUAAUCCACCCAUCGUUUUUCAAGGGAGCGCGAGGGCAUUGUGUAACGGGCGGGGGAUGCUACGCAGCUGCUAACAAGGACGGGUUUUGCCAACCUCCAUGCCCUCUGUGUACACGUGCACACUGAUAUACGUUGCGCGCGUGUAUAUACAAAUAUCCUUACGAGGGAUUCCACGCCCGGUAGAGAGAAAUGGCGGAUCCUGAUUCCUGAUAUUAAAGUCCCUGCCUUCUCCGUCCGUCCGUUUGUUCGCUCUCUCUUAACGAAAGCGUUCCGUGAUUGUUUCCUUCAGGCCUCGCACCUGUGUGUUGGUGUCGUGUACGUGAAAACACGGUAGACACACGUCUCCUUCGGAAGAAACAAUUCGCUACAAUUCUCCGAAGAUGAGGUACAGUCGCGCGGUCGGAUAAUAACAGGGCAGAUGUCGCGUUCCAAAAUAAAAUCUCAGAUUUUUUUAAGGAUGUAAAACUUCGAAUUUACGAUUUUUUGUAUGAUAUCGAAAUUCGAUGUGCUAGUGAUAUAUUUAUAUGAAAAUUAUUGAGAUACAAUCGAUCUUCUUUGUUUCUUACUAAAGCUAGACCAUGUUAUCUACGCUGAAAAAAUGUAAAAUAAUUUCUAAGAAAUAAUGUUUCUAUAACAUGUGAUUAUAUUCCAAACUGACACUUUUCUAAAGUUUUCAAAUCUU